AGCUAAACGGUGAGUUUUUGGUUUUUUCAACGAUAGUCACUCUCACCGCCUCUUACUCAGCAUUUUCCCAGUCACCGCUUCUCUCUCAGCCUCUUACGGCGGCUCUGGCUCUCGCAGUAUCCAUCUCUAAAUGCAAUUUAUCGACGGAAUUCAAGGAGGGAAGAGAAGGUAUAAUAGAAGCCUGUUUGGCCGCGGUCUCUGAUCUGUAUUUUCAUUUGUUUUCCCUUACGAUUUUUUGCAGAUUUAGGCAGUUUUGCUGAUUUGGACAAUUUAGAAAACCGCAGAUAACUGACCUGCUCCUAUCCUUAUCUGGGAAAAGAAUUUGCUUGGAAUUUUGAUGGAAGCUUUUACUUCACUGUCAGUGAACACCAUUAAAACAGGCCUUAUUUGGCUUCUAAGAGUGGCAUGGAUAGCUGGAACACUUCCUAUCCUCAUAGCUUCACUCCCUUUUCCAAUUCUCAAGUCAUUUCAUACCCUUUUACUAAGCUUUGCCAAGAGGGGCAAGAUUAUGCCAUCUUCAUCCCAUAGGUUCACAGUUCCACAGAGUUUCUUUCUGCACUUCUAUUUGUUGGCUGUGGUUUGGACGACAUCCUUGUUAAUGUGUACCUGGUACUUUGCAUACAAAGUUGCACCUUUGGGUACUGAGUCUUUGAGUUAUCCUUUUGCUGCUAGUCACUUGACAGGAGGGUCACAUGUUUUUUCCAUACACAAGUCUCGUUUUACCUCAGCCGAAGACAGAUUCAAUGUUUGGAAGUCUGUGUUGUUGUUGUUGUUGAUGGAAGUUCAUGUCUUGAGGCGGCUUUAUGAGACCUUUAACGUUUUUAACUAUAGCUCUUCAGCUCGAAUGCACAUUUUUGGAUACUUAACUGGUAUCUAUUUUUAUACAGCAGCACCUCUGUCACUCUGUACAUUUUGUGUACUAGAGGCUUUUAAUUUUGCAGCUGAUCAAGUAGCUGAAUUUAAAGUUGAAGGCCAAGAACUGGUAUCAAUUACGGGUUUUGAUUUUUGGGGAUAUGUGAAACCUAUAACAAGGCUUGGAUGGUGCCAAUGGGCUGGUGCUGCUAUAUUUGCUUGGGGGUGGUUCCAUCAAUAUUGUUGUCAUGCAAUUCUUGGUUCACUUAGAGAACGCGGAGAUCGAACUGCUGAUUAUGUGAUUCCUCAUGGAGAUUGGUUUGAAAUUGUCUCAAGUCCACACUAUUUAGCUGAGAUGAUAAUAUAUGCUGGUCUAUUGGUCGCGAGUGGAGGAACUGACUUUACCAUAUGGCUACUUCUUGGAUUUGUGGUGGCUAAUCUUGCAUUUGCCGCAGCAGAAACUCACCAGUGGUACCUCCGGAAGUUCGAGGACUAUCCACAUAAUCGGUGGGCCAUUCUUCCAUUUGUUUAUUAGUUCCAAAGAGACAAAAAGUUCUGAAAUAUAUAUUUUUAAACCAGUUAGCUCCUGCUCUACUAUUGUCUAUAAUUCCUUUUUGUUUGAUUAUAACUCGGUUACUGAAAUAUAUAUAGAUGCCUAAGCUUUUUUCUGUUAAA